AAUUUGCAUUGACACUGAGCUAGUACUAGUAGAAAGUUUCGUGAUUUUGUUCAUGUAACGUAAACAUUCCAACGAACAAAACACCUCUUCUAAACUGUCGGUGAAGCAUACAUGGCACCAUGAGUGAGCUGAAAUCAUUUUUGUACAGCCUCUUGGGGAAGAAGAAGUUGACCCCCGAUUACGAUAUCCGCAACUCCGGUCCAAAGCACCGUCAAAGAUUUCUUUGUGAAGUUCGUGUUCCUACCUAUUCUUAUGUGGGUGUUGGUAACUCCACCAGCAAGAAGGACUCCCAGUUGAAUGCUGCCAAAGACUUUCUGAUGUUUCUGGUCCGCAGUGGAGAAUUGAACCAGAAAGACAUCCCAGCCAUGGAUGUGACUGCCCCCGUUGCAUCAAGCUCCAAUGAAGGGCCUUCAUCGCUGCCACCAGGGAUGUCGGCCCCUCAUCAGGCUCUAGGGAUAGGCCCUGGUCCAGGUCCAGGCCCAGGGGACAUGGGAGGAGGUGGAGGGGAACAUGGCGGCGGAGGGGAACACGGUGGUAGAGACAGCUAUGAUGGGAGUAUGCCUUCAUAUCAGAGGAGUUUCUUUGACAGGCAGGGGGACAAGCGGAAACUGGAAGAGGCCGAAGGAGCCGACAUGAACGCCGCUAUCCAUGGCAACUGGACCAUCAGCAAUGCCAAGUCCCGCCUCCACCAGUACGUCCAGACCAAUCGGAUACAGGCUGAUUAUAAGUAUACACCCGUCGGGCAGGAUCACAACAGGUCUUUUUAUGCAGAAAUGUCCAUCUAUCUUGCAUCAAAACGCCAGACUAUCCAUGCUCGAGAGCAAGGCUCAAACAAGAAGGUGGCGUCUGUGUCCUGCGCUCUCUCCCUGACCAGGCAGCUCUAUCAUAUGAAGGAGAUUGAAGCAUUCACCGGAGAACGCAAGGCCAAGAAAGCAGAUUCGCUGGAACCUUAUAAUGUCACUCUGAACCAAGACAUCGAAGAGAGGCUUGCUAACGUGCUGUUUGAGCUUAAUCUCAACACAGUCCCACCCGCACAAAAUCUUGAGGAGGUUGUGUUAAUCAGCGGGGACAGCGCCAACCAAGUCUUUGACAACCCGGAAGGUCCUCGAGGAUGUUCUGGAGUCUCCUGGUCCCCACCAAUGAACAACUGGAACCCGUGGCUCAACUGCAACAUCGAUGAAGGACCUAUAGCUCAUAUGACACUGGAGCAGAUAAGUGCUGAGUUGGAACGAGAAUGUCAUGGCCCACAACAGAUGCCAGAGUAUAGAAAGAUCCAAGAAGAGCGCCAGUCCCUGCCCAUCUUCCAAACCGAAAAGCAGAUCCUGGACGCCAUAGACCAGAACCCUGUUGUGGUGAUACGGGGGGCCACGGGAUGCGGGAAGACCACCCAGGUGCCACAGUUCAUCCUCGACAGCUACAUCCGAGGAGGGAAAGGAGCUGAGUGCAAUAUUGCUGUCACUCAGCCUCGCCGUAUCAGCGCCAUCUCCAUUGCUGAGCGUGUGGCAUACGAGCGCACCGAGCCCCUGGGUGUCAGUACUGGAUACUCUGUGCGCUUCGACACCGUCAGACCGCGCCCUCUAGGGGCCAUGCUCUUCAUGACUGUAGGUACGUUGUUGAGGAAGCUUGAAGCGGGUCUACGUGGUAUAUCUCAUGUCAUUGUGGACGAGAUCCAUGAGAGAGAUUUAAAUACUGAUUUCCUGCUGGUCGUACUAAGGGACAUGUUGAAGGCUAACCCCGGGAUGAGGAUCAUACUCAUGUCUGCUACCAUCGACACCACCAUGUUCAGCCACUACUUCCUGGACUGCCCUGUCAUUGAGGUCUAUGGAAGAGCACAUGCAGUGCAAGAGUACUAUCUCGAGGAUGUAGUUCAGAUGUUAGGGUUUGUGCCCAAACUUGACACUAGAAGGAAGAGGAGUAAUGACCGUGAUGAUGAUGAUGAUGGAGAAGGGGAGGAGAACAUGAACAAGAAUAUCAGCCAUGAGUAUUCGGAGCAGACGAGACGAGCUCUCAUGCAGAUGAGCGAGAAGGAGAUGAACUUUGACCUCAUUGAGAGCCUGCUCACCUACAUCGGUACAUUGGGUGUACCUGGAGCUAUUCUCUUCUUCCUCCCUGGGUGGAACUGGAUCUUUGCUCUCAUGAGACAUCUACAAGAACAUCCCAAAUUUGGUGGGCGUGAUUUCUGCAUCCUUCCACUCCAUUCCCAGAUCCCCAAGGAGGAACAGCAUAGGGUGUUUGAUACCAUGCCAGAAGGAGUCACCAAGAUCAUCCUCUCAACCAACAUUGCUGAAACCAGCAUCACCAUCAACGAUGUAGUGUACGUGGUGGACAUCUGCAAAGCUAAGAUGAAGUUAUUCACCUCUCACAACAACAUGACAAACUACGCCAUCGUGUGGGCAUCCAAGACCAACCUUGAGCAGCGUAGAGGUCGAGCUGGCAGGGUCAGGCCCGGCUUCUGCUUCCAUCUCAUCAGUCGACCAAGAUUUGACAAGUUGGAGCAACACACCGUUCCUGAGAUCUUCCGUACCCCUCUGCAUGAACUGGCCCUCACCAUCAAACUCCUCAGACUUGGAACCAUUGCAGAGUUCUUGGGUAAAGCCAUUGAACCACCCCCGCUAGACUCGGUGGUAGAGGCCGUAGCAGCUCUGAAGGAGAUGCAUGCCCUGGACCACCAAGAGGAGCUCACACCAGUAGGACGUAUCCUGGCCAAGAUGCCGAUUGAGCCUCGUCUAGGCAAGAUGAUCAUCCUUGGAUGUGUACUCUUUGUGGGUGACGCUCUGGCAAUCAUAGCCAGCAGCAUGUGCUUCCCGGAGAUCUUCAUCACGUUCGCCGGGAAGGUCAGCAACGUCCAUCGUAACUACUGCCGCAUGAGACAUAGCGACCACAUAGCAACACUCGCUGCAUUCCAGGAGUGGGAGGAGCAGUUGCAAUCCGGAGAGGAUACUGCCAUGAACUAUUGUGAUCACAAGGGACUACAGAUGAUGACUCUCAGGAUGAUCUAUGAAGCAAGGAAUCAACUAAAAGACAUCCUUGUGAUGGAAGGUUUCCCAGAAGAGUGCCUAGCCCCUCAGAUCUUUAACUUCCACGCACCUGACCCCAAGCUGGACAUUGUGGUAUCCUUGCUGACCACAGGACUCUGGCCAAACGUCUGCUUCCACAAGGAGAAGAGAAAGCUGCUGACCACUGAGAACAAAGCAGCCCUCAUCCACAAGUCAUCGGUCAACUACUCCAAGUUUGAUCAGCAGUUCCCUUCUCCAUACUUUGUCUUUGGAGAGAAGAUCCGAACCCGAGCCGUAUCGGCCAAGGGGAUGACCAUGGUGUCCCCUCUCCAUCUCCUGCUCUUAGGAGCUCGUAAGGUGGAGUCCUGUGGAGGAAUCAUUAAGUUGGAUGACUGGGUCCAACUGAGAAUGUCCCAUGAGGCCGCAGCCAAGGUAGUGGCCCUUCACCCUGCCGUCGAGUCUCUCAUCUUCAACAUGACGUCCAACCCAGACUCCGUGACCACGCCCUCCCCACAGGAUGAGAUGCUCAUCAACAUCAUCCGAGCGCUAUCCAAACCCAGCGCUGGCAUCUUCGGCAACUUCGACUCUGGCGACAACAUGGCAUCUACUGGAGCCAAGAGAGGACGCUUCUCCUUUUCGCAACCCCCCGGAGGACAAGGAGGAUUCAGAGGUGGUGGUGGCGGCGGAGGCUACGGUGGUGGUGGUGGUCGUGGUGGCUACGGUGGUGGUGGCGGCGGUGGUGGUGGUGGUGGUCGUGGUGGCUAUGGCGGCGGCGGUGGUGGGGGCUUCAGAGGAGGAAGAGGAUUCGGCGGAGGACAAGGGUACCAGGGCGGAGGAGGGGGCGGGAGACGAGGGUGGAACCGGGAGGGACGAGGUGGUGGCUUCCGGGGAGGACGAGGAUAUGGAGGAGGGGGAGGAGGAUUUGGAGGAGGGGGAGGAGGGUUCGGAAGAGGAGGAGGAGGAGGAGGCUUUGGAGGAGGAAGAGGCUUUGGAGGAGGAAGAGGUGGCUUUGGAGGUGGUGGGGGUUUUAGAGACAGAGAUGGGGGUAAUGACUUUGGUAGUGGUGGUGGUGGUAACAAGGGAUUUGGUCAAGGGGGCCAGGGAGGUGACUCGGGAGGGAAUGGCGGUGGGUUUGGAAGCGGUGGUGGAGGAGGAGGAGGAGGUUAG